CAUCACUCACCCACCAGCUCUUCUUGACGAAUUCCAAGGAAGAUGGUGAUACACUCAUAUUUGCAAUAAACUCUCUAACCCCCAUACAUAGGAUAAUCCACCCCAGGAUGAGUGAUUCCUAAUACGUUCCGACAGAAUGACGACCCAAAGAUCCGGCCUGCUGCUCUCAUUUUCUCUCCUACAACGUUCUUCUGUCCCUCGCUCGAUCGGAAAUAGGCCGAACAGGGAUAAAUGUCGCUCGGUUAUAUACGCAGGAUCCGGCGGCAACGGGUGCGUCUCGUACCUCCGCGAAAAAUACAUCGAGGAGGGCCCACCGAACGGCGGUGACGGCGGCAGCGGCGGGAGUGUCUAUAUCCAGGCCGUCGAGGGUAUGACCAGCCUGCACAAGCUGGCCCGCCGGGGUAUCAUCAAGGCCAGUCGUGGCAGGAAUGGACAGGGCAAGAGCAAAGGUGGCAAGCGGGGCGAGGACGUGCUGAUACAGGUCCCUGUCGGGACGGUCGUGCGUGAGGUGGAUCGGUACGACCCUGUGGCCGAGGAGGAGCGACGGCUGAAACAGCGCAAGAUGGGCAUGGAGGUGGAGGACGAGCUCGACGAGAUUGGGCUCCCCUCCGCACGCCACGGCCGCUGGGUGCUUUACCCUGGCGCCAAACCGUCUGAUUUCCUGACCACCGUGUUUCCAAAGAACCCGCCGCGCCGACAGCAUAUCGCCUCGCUGGAGCCGAAGGCCCCCAUCCACCUCGACCUCUCCCACCACAUGGACAAGCCCAUUCUGCUGGCUGCGGGCGGGGCCGGGGGGUUGGGCAAUCCGCACUGGAUCUCGCGUUCCAUCACCCGGCCCAACUUUGCGUCCAGGGGUGAGGGUGGGAAGCGUCUGGAGCUGGAAUUCGAAUUGAAACUGCUUGCAGACGUGGGAUUGGUUGGAAAGCCCAACGCCGGAAAAAGCACGCUGCUGCGCUCCUUGACCAAUAGUCGCACGCGGAUCGGAAACUGGGAAUUCACCACCCUGUCUCCGAACAUCGGCACCGUGGUCAUCGACGACCACAAGGGACGACCGCUGGUCGAGACCAAGGGCAAAGCUCCGCGGACAAACUUUACCAUCGCAGACAUUCCGGGCCUGAUUGAAGGCGCCCACCUUGAUCGCGGCCUGGGUCUGGGUUUCCUCCGACACAUCGAGCGGGCUGGUAUUCUUGCCUUCGUGGUCGACCUCAGCGCCGGGGACCCCGUGGAGGGACUCCAGAAGCUCUGGCGCGAGCUGGGAGAAUACGAGCGGCUGCGCGACAUGGAACCAGCCUCCCAAGACGACGAAGAGGAUCCUUUGGCCUGGGUCCCGCCAGCUACCGGCCUACCCGAACUACACCCUGAAGAACAUCAGCCGCUCAGCAGCAAGAGCAACCUUCCGGAGCUGUCCCUUCCUCCAAUUCACACCAAGCCGUGGUUUGUCGUGGCCACCAAGGCCGAUCUCCCGGAGACGCAAGAGCAAUUCAAGAAGCUGCGCGAAUACCUCGGCGCUGUCGAGAAAGGCGAAGCUGAGCACCCGGGCGGACACCCCGACGGAUGGAAGGAGAAGGUCUGUGCCGUUCCGGUCAGUGCUAUGAGAGGAGAGGGCAAGGCUCGUUCUCCAUGGGUCAUCGCCCUCGCGCUCUCCACUAUCGCCGAGCCCGCCUCUGACGACCCCAUUCUCCAAUGCCUCAACCAUGAUCUUGACGCCUAUCGAGAUCUCGUGCUCAACUCCCCCGACAAGGCACUCGAAAUUGCAGACUCGAAACUACGCGUUUUCCCCUUCAAGGAUGUCGAGACCUGCUGGCGGCGUCUCUACACUGACGCGAGUAUCGUCAAGGCUUGUCUUCAGAUCUGCAGUGAAUGUGGCUUAUUGCGCCAGAGAGCCUCCAACGGCGUGAAUGGCCACGUUUCGUGGCUGUCUCGUUUGAUCGAUGACCUGAAUAAAAUACAAGACACCGGCAGCGAGCCAGGCCUCGUGGUGGACUCGGCUUCCCCGUGGCUCUCGCCGGUAAUACACACCCUCGACAAAGCGUUGAUCAUGACCGGUGCUCCGAUGCGUGAAACACUCACCGAGUCCCUCCUCGAUGCUCUGCAGAAUGCGACCUCUUCGUCAAACACCAACAGUGCGGCUACAGCAGACGACCCCGACGUCCCCGACGACGAUUAUCGCUCCGAAGCUCAACGCCCCGCCGCGAAGCGCAGAAAGCUCUCCCCUCCUCUCUUCCCUCCGGACUCGAUCCCAGCGCCUCAGAUAAAGCAUCCCGUUGCUCGCGUGUCGGCCCCGUCCUUCAGCGCCAUCGAACAUCACAUCCAUUCCGUCCGUACUCCCCUGGUGAUCACCGACGCGGUGGACCACUGGCCCGCGAUGUCGACGCGUCCGUGGGCUUCGCGGGACUACUGGUUUGGGCGAACACUCGGCGGUCGAAGGCUGGUGCCUGUGGAAAUCGGACGAUCAUACACCGACGAAGGAUGGGGUCAGCGGAUCAUGGAGUUUGGCGAGUUCGUCGAUCGAUAUAUCUGGCGCGAGGGUGGCGCCGACGAUGACAACGGCGACGAGGGACCCCAGACCGGCUACAUGGCACAGCAUGACCUGCUCUCCCAAAUCCCCGCCCUGCGCAAAGACAUCUCCAUCCCCGACUACUGUUACAUCGAUCCUCCCGGCCCGGAACCCGGUACCCCGGUGUACCUGAAGAAGCGCCGCGAGCAGGACAAACAGACCAAGGACACCGAUUUCGAAACCAUGUCCACCACCUCCGACCAUGGACGACGCGACACCGACAACUCAUCGCAUCAUUCAUUCUCGGAGCUAGGUCUCCCCAGCGACCCGAUCAUCAAUACCUGGAUCGGCCCCUCGUGGACCAUCUCCCCUCUCCAUCACGACCCAUACCAUAACAUUCUCGUCCAGGUCGCCGGAACCAAGUACAUCCGUCUCUACUCGCCACAUACCCCGGCCUCGCAGAUCCAUCCCAAGGGCAUGGAAUCUGUCAACGAGUCUUCACCACCAGAAGCUAGAGACGACCGCUCGAGCCCGAUUCCAUCGCAUUCCCGGCAUGCAGAAAGCGGCAACGAGCAGCAACCGCAGCUCAUUGACAUGUCCAACACCUCCCAGGUCGAUCUGGCCGCCAUCGAGCUCUCCCCCGCGGAAUCCGACCAGUGGGACGCCAUGUGGCCCGGAUUCCUUCAGGCGGAGUAUUUCGAGACCGUCCUGAGAGAGGGAGAAAGUCUCUAUAUCCCCGUGGGAUGGUGGCAUUAUGUUCGCGGCUUGAAGGCUGGCGUGAGCGUGAGCUUUUGGUGGGGAUAGAUGCAUCGUUCCCUCUAUUCCAUCUCUUUCAUGUCUUGUUGAUCCAAGAUCUGCCUCUGAUUUUCAUGAGAUAAUGAUUGAUUGAUACAAUACCCCUGGUUUAGCAGACUAUGGCAUGUUUUCAACUCGAUGCUAAUUAUUAUUGCGAGAGGCGUUUUCUACAUGAAAUCCUACGUAGUUAAGCAUCCCGG